AUGCAGACUGCUUCUACAAACAUUUGUGAAAGACUGUGCAGUAAGUUCAUCCAUGAAAUUUCCUUGCUACUAAAUAUUCCCACGGUCAACUGUUAGUGGAAUUAUAACAAAGUGGAAGCAACUGGGAACAACAGUAACUCAGCCACAAAGUGGUAGGCCAUGUAAAAUGACAGAGCGAGGUGCACGCAUGCUGAAGCGCACAAGUCAUCAACGGUCUGCAGAGUCAAUAGCUAAAGGCCUCCAAACCUUGUGUAGCCUUCAAAUUAGAACAAUAACAAUGCAUAGAGAGCUUCAUGGAAUGGGUUUCCAUGGCCGAGCAGCUGCAUUCAAG